AGAUGCACAGAGGGAGCCGGACUGCAGAGAGAACACCGGAGCCGAGGUGAACAGCCGGAAGAAAAGGAGAGCUCUGGCACUGACCCACUGAACGCAGCGGAGCGGCAGUCACCGGGAACACACCGCUCUUUGAACACAGAGACCGCAGAUCACAACCGAAACAGAGACCUUUACGCCGAAAACCAAAGAAAAAAAGAAAAUGGCCAAAGUGUCGAUGGCUAUCGCGGCGUUGGGCGUCACGCUGCUCCUGGUGGCCGGGGCGUGGGCCCAGACCCCCAAGAAGAAGAACCUCCCCAAGUCCCAGAAGGGCGCGUGCUGCGAGGAGGUGCGCUCCCUGAAGGUGCAGGUGGCCAACCUGAGCAGCAUCCUCGAGGAGCUGGGCCGCAAGCAGGAGACGGACCUGCUGACCGUGGUGCGGCAGGUCAUGGAGUUGGACAAGCAGAACCGCCAGCAGGAGGCCCGCGUCACCGAGGCCGAGAGCAAGUACUCGGAGAUCAACAACCGCGUGGAGAUCCUGCAGCUGCAGGGAGCCCAGUCCAUCACGCAGACCAGCUCAGAUGUCAUGUAUGACUGCGCUUCCCUGUACGCCAAGAACUACCGGAUCUCCGGAGAGUACAAACUCCCCAAGGACGACUUCCUCCGGACGCCCGAGCUGACAGUGUUCUGCGACAUGGAGACCAACGGGGGUGGCUGGACCGUGAUCCAGAGGCGCCGGGUGGGCCUCACCACCUUCGACCGCGACUGGAAGCAGUACAAGAAGGGCUUCGGCACGGUGCGCGGGGACUUCUGGCUGGGCAACGAGCACAUCUACCGCCUGACGCAGCAGGCCACCGUGCUGCGCAUCGAGAUGGAGGACUGGGCGGGAGACACUCGCUACGCCGAGUACGGCUCCUUCAGCCUGAGCAACGAGCUCAACAGCUACAAGCUCCUCCUGUCCAACUACAGCGGAAACGCCGGAGACUCGCUGCGCUACCACAACAACACCUACUUCAGCACCAAGGACAAGGACCACGACAAGUGCGUGGACGACUGCGCCGCCCUGCGGAAAGGUGGCUACUGGUACAACUGCUGCACGGACUCCAACCUGAACGGCGUGUACUACCGCAGAGGUGAGCACUCGCCCAGAACAGACGGCAUCAAUUGGUACGGCUGGCACGGGUCUAGCUACUCCAUGAAGAGGGUGGAGAUGAAGAUCCGACCUCACAGCUUUCGCCCGUGAGGGACGAGGGCCAGGGCAGCUGGUGCAGAUGACUGGCAGGCCUUCUCAGAGAUCAAACGAAUACCGGCACACUCUGAACUUGGGGGGGGGGGGGCGGCUUUUGAACGGGGGAAGCAAACGGAGAGAUCCUAACUCCUAGAAGAACGUCGUUUUCUAGAUGUGUUUAGGUGGGUUGGAUACGCAAUGUUUGUUUGUUUGUGUGUUCUUUUGUUUUUGUUGAUUGUAAAUUGUAAUGCGUUUAUUUCAUAUAUUUAUCUUGAAAAUCUCUAUUUUCUUAGAACUUUACCACUGUUUCCGUAGGCUUAACUGGUUAUCAGUUCUUCAUCUCAAAAGUUUGUCGGGUAUAAAACGACAAAUGACAGUAUAAGAAAUAAACGCUGCACUAGACGUUGAUUGCAUGUAAAGACAAAAAAAGAGAACACCAAAGGCUACAACAAAAGUUACUGGAAUGUAAACUACACCACACAGAGGAUUGUAAAGAAAACCCAGAAACUAAUUGUGGAUAAUAGCGAUGUCAUUUGUAAAAUCUGUACAGCUCUUGUAUUGUGUUGUUUUAUAGGAUAGAAAAUAAAAACCUUUAUUAUUUCUAACUAAA